AUGACUUCCACCAGACCUGAACUUAAAUUUUCUGAUUUGUCAGAAGAACGUGGAUUCUACAAGAGAUACAUUACCUUACCAGAAAAGCCUUCAACUACUUUAAGGAUCGUCGAUAAAGGAGAUUAUUAUACAGUCAUUGGAAACGACGCCAUCUUUGUUGCUGAAAAUGUCUAUCAUACAUUAUCAGUGUUAAAGGAUUGUCACCUUGAUUCUGUAACAUCAAAACAAUUCCAAGAGGCAUUAAAAUAUGUUACUAUAUCUCCACAAGUUGUCAGUACUCUAUUAAAGACAUGUCUACUUGAUUUAGGAUAUAAGAUUGAAAUAUACGACAAGUUAUGGAAAUUACAGAAGAGUGCCUCCCCAGGUAAUGUCGAACAAGUAAAUGAUUUGAUGAAUAUUGCCAUUGAUUCAUCUAUUGUCAUUGCGAGUUUGAAAUUACAGGUUAAUUCGAAGGAAGGGAAUUCUGUCCUAGGGGUAGCUUUUAUUGAUACAAGUAAUUAUAAGAUUGGGAUGUUAGACAUUGUUGAUAACGAAGUUUAUUCAAACCUGGAAAGUUUUUUGAUUCAGCUCGGUGUAAGAGAAUGUAUUGUUCAAGAUUUAACCAACAAUGAAAAUACUAGUAGAGAAUUCAAAAAAAUAAUUGGUGUGAUUGAUCGUUGUGGUAGUGUUGUUACUUUGGUUAAAAAUUCUGAAUUUUCUGAGAAGGAUGUUGAAAUGGAUUUAACAAAAUUGAUUAACAAUGAACUGUCAUUAUCGUUGCCCAAGAAAUAUUCCAAUUUGGCAAUGGGGGCAUGUAAUGCUUUACUUGGUUAUCUGGAGCUAUUGAAUGAACAGGAUCAACUUGGGAAGUUCGAAUUGAUUGAGCAUUCCUUACAAGAAUUUAUGAAGCUAGAUGCCUCUGCUAUUAAAGCCUUAAAUUUGUUCCCACAAGGACCUGUCCAACCGUUUGGACCAACUCCAACUGCAUCCUUUGGUACCGCCUCUGGUGGUAAGAUUGCAUCAUUAUUUCAACUUUUGAAUAAUUGUAAGACGAAUGCAGGUAUAAGGUUAUUAAAUGAAUGGUUAAAGCAACCUCUCACAGACCUCGCUCGUAUUGAACAAAGACACGAUCUUGUCGAUUACUUAAUCGAUCAGUUGGAAUUGAGACAGAUGUUACAAACGGAUACUUUACCCAUGAUACCAGAUUUACGUCGUCUUACAAAGAAAUUAAAUAAGAAUGGAAAUUUGGAAGAUGUGUUGAAGAUUUUCCAGUUUAGUCAAAAAAUCCCAGAAGUAGCUCAAUUACUGGAAUCAUUUCUUGAAGAUGAUAAUUCCAAUUCCAAAGUGAAGAGUUUAAUAAAGAUGGUAUGGCUAGACCCGUUAACUUCACAUUUAGAUCCACUAUCCAAAUUUCAGGAAAUGGUGGAAACAACAGUUGAUUUAGAAGCAUUUGAAACUAACAAUCAGUUUAUGAUUAAAGUUGAAUUCAAUGAAGAGUUGGCCAAGAUUAGAGAACAAUUAGAUUCCUUAAGGGAACAAAUUAACGCCAUCCAUUUGAACGCAGCUGAUGAUCUUGGAUUUGAUCCAGAUAAGAAGCUUAAAUUAGAGAAUCAUCAUCUGCAUGGUUGGUGUAUGAGAUUGACUCGUAACGAUGCCAAGGAGUUACGUAAACAUAGAAACUAUUUGGAGUUAUCUACCGUGAAAGCCGGUAUAUUUUUCAGCACAAAGGAACUUAAAGAAAUUGCUCAAGAAACUAUAAAAUUACAAAAGGAUUACGAUCGAUUACAAUCCGCACUGGUGAAGGAAAUUGUUGGUAUUACCGUCACUUACACGCCAGUUCUAGAGAAACUUUCACAAGUUCUUGCUCAUCUGGAUGUCUUAUGUUCAUUUGCACACGUUUCUUCGUAUGCACCAAUUCCUUAUGUCAGACCAAAGAUGCAUCCAUUUGAUUCCACCAGAAGGACCCAUUUAGUGGGAUCACGUCACCCUGUAUUAGAAAUGCAAGAUGAUCUUACAUUUAUAUCCAAUGAUGUUGAUUUAGUUGAUGGCGAAGGAGAUUUUCUAAUUAUUACAGGUCCUAAUAUGGGUGGUAAAUCCACAUACAUUAGACAAGUUGGUGUGAUAUCAUUGAUGGCCCAAAUUGGAUGUUUUGUCCCCUGUGAAGAGGCUGAAAUUGCAAUUGUGGAUGCCAUUCUAUGUAGAGUUGGUGCUGGUGACUCGCAAUUGAAAGGUGUAUCUACGUUCAUGGUGGAAAUGUUAGAAACUGCAUCCAUCUUGAAGAAUGCCACCAAGAAUUCGUUAAUUAUCGUGGAUGAAUUAGGACGUGGUACGAGUACAUAUGAUGGGUUUGGUUUAGCAUGGGCCAUUGCUGAACAUAUUGCCAGUAAGAUUGGCUGUUUUGCAUUAUUUGCCACACAUUUUCAUGAAUUAACAUCUUUAUCUGAUAAAUUCUCCAAUGUUAAAAAUAUGCAUGUUGUAGCAUAUAUUGAAAAGGGUACAGAUCAAUUGGAAAGUGAUGAUAUUACGUUACUGUACAAAGUGGAACCUGGUAUUUCAGAUCAAUCAUUUGGUAUCCAUGUGGCGGAAGUUGUUCAAUUCCCAGAUAAAAUAGUGAAGAUGGCCAAGAGAAAGGCCAGUGAAUUGGAAGACUUGAAGAAGGGGAAUGAAGACUUAAAGAAGGCCAAGUUGACAGUCCGUGAAAUUAAUGAUGGGAACAAACAUUUGAAAACUCUCUUGAAAGAUUGGGUGAAAAAAGUGAAGGAAGAGGGGCUUGAUGACCCUUCAAAGCUAUCAGAAGAGGCAUGUCAGGAGAAGAUUCAGGAAUUACUACGCAGUCUGGCAGAAGAAGCCAAAGUGAGUGAGGAUAAAUACCUGAAGUUUAUUUCGGAGGUGUUACUCUAA